UCCACGUAAGCUGGAUGCCGUUGUUAGAAGCCCAAGUAGCCCACCAAGCUCAUACUCCAAAAGACACCAACGACUAUUUCCCCACCUUGACCAUAGUUGCAAAGCCCAAUGAAGCGCGUGCUCCUUCGUUCGUGCCUCUCCCUCUCUCCGUGCCUCUCGCUCUAAAAUUAAAACACUAGACUGCCUCACCGAGUCUGGCAAUGGCUCCGAAAUCUUGAACAUUUCUCGGGCAUCAUGGUUACGAUUUGCUGUUGGGAUCAGUUGCUGUGUUCUAGAUGAUCACGGUCUCGUAUGCCAAGGUUGAAGAAAGUUCCAACGUUCAGGUACCAUGACUUUUGCAUUAGGUAAGACAAGGUAAUUUAGAGAAGAUUACUAUAUUCAGGAGCAACUCUUUUCUGUACCAACUAACAUACAGUCACCGGCAAAUGCCAUUGGACAUUGAUUGUUGCAGAAGUGCGUAUCUUUGUUGUUAGUUCGUAUGGAUACAUGCCGUUAAAAGAUAAAUUCGGCUUUGUUUGGAGUGAGUGAUGUCAAGAAAGAGAAAUUCCAGUAAUGGGCAGUAAAACUAUGUUUAAAUGGUCAAAACAGACCACACCCUCCCAAGUUGAGCAGUUGAUACGAGCUGAAAGGGAUGUAAAGAAAGCUAUUCUAAUAUUUGAUUCGGCGACAGCUGAGUAUGCUAACGGGUUUCAGCAUAAUCAUAACACCUUUGGUAUAAUGAUCUCCAAAUUAGUCUCAUCAAACCAGUUCAGACCAGCAGAGGACCUCCUUAAUAGAAUGAAGGAGGAAAAGUGUAGUGUUACAGAAGAUAUAUUUCUCUCGAUCUGCAGGGCCUAUGGUCGUGUUCACAGGCCAUUGGAUACCGUUAGGGUCUUCAACAAGAUGGAGGACUUCCAGUGCAAACCCACCGACAAGUCUUACAUUACAGUAUUUGCCAUUCUUGUUGAAGAAAACCAGUUAAAGGUAGCUUUAAGAUUUUAUAGGCAUAUGAGAGAAAUAGGUAUUCCACCUAGUGUUGCUUCCCUUAAUGUAUUGAUUAAAGCCCUUUGCAAGAACAGUGGGACUAUGGAAGCCGCUCUUCGGAUAUUUCGUGAGAUGCCCAAUCGUGGUUGUACUCCAGAUUCAUAUACGUAUGGUACUCUGAUUAACGGGUUGUGUAGAUUGGGAAAGAUUAGUGAAGCAAAGGAGCUAUUCAAAGAGAUGGAAACAAAAGGUUGUUCGCCCAGUGUUGUGACCUACACCUCUUUGAUACAUGGUUUGUGCCAGUCUGGAAAUUUGAAUGAAGCUAUUGGAUUGCUCGAUGAGAUGACGAGCAAAGAUAUUGAGCCAAAUGUGUUUACCUACAGUGCUUUAAUGGAUGGUCUGUGCAAGGGUGGUUGUUCUUUACAAGCCAUGGAACUACUGGAGAUGAUGAUCAGCAAGUGCCUUAGGCCCAAUACGAUAACUUACAGUACUCUGAUUAAUGGACUCUGUAAAGAAGGAAAGCUUCGAGAAGCUUUGGAGAUUCUUGACAGGAUGAAGCUUCAGGGAUUGAAACCAGAUGCAGGGUUGUAUGGGAAGAUCAUUAGUGGUUUUUCUGAUAUUUGCAAGUUCCAAGAAGCUGCAAACUUCCUUGAUGAAAUGGUUCUUGGGGGAAUCUCACCAAACCGAUUAACUUGGAGCCUUCAUGUUAGGAUUUACAAUAUGGUGGUCCAAGGCCUUUCUACCAAUGGAGAUCCGAAUCGGGCUUUUCAGUUAUACCUUAGCAUGCGGACUAGGGGUAUCUCCAUUGAUGCUGGAACAUUUGAUUAUCUAGUCAAGUGUUUCUCUAAGAGAGGAGACUUACACAAGGCCGCUCACAUUGUUGAUGAGAUGGUAACUGAUGGAUGUAUUCCAACUGAGGGAACAUGGAGUGCGGUGUUUCAUGGAUUUUGGGAUCGAAGGAAGGUGCGGGAAGCUGUUGAACUGUUGCAGGUCAAGCUGGUGAGCGAAUUUGCUGAGCCUGAAAUAUAGAUCUGAAUUGAUUUCUAUCAAUUAGAGUUGUUUGAUGGAGUUUUAUCAUUACAUGUCCAAGUGACUGACUUAAAGAAUAUAUCAGGCUGUUUGAUAUUCACUGGAGAAAACUGACUUUUGCAGUGCUUGAAACAUUACCUGGACUAUCCUUUAGAACUAUCCAAUCAGGAGAUGUUGUGAUUAAGAGUUAUUUCUGAAAAAGCACCAUAGAUGUUGGGACUGGGACUCAUAAACAGUCCAUGGUGUUUAUUACGCCUAUGAAAGAAAUCUUCAUAUUCUGCUGGGAGAGAUAUUUUGUUGAUUUUUGGAAUAAAAUAGAGGUGGGCUACAAAGUUGAUUUCCGAAUUUUUCUUGCCUAACUAAAUAGGAUAUUGUGGAAUAUGCCUCAAAUGAGUACUUUGGCGUAGAGCUUUCGGCUCUUUAGCCAGUGUUGGUCCUAUUUAAGUGGGGUCUUGGAAGGGGUGGCUUGGAUACAGUCCUCUUCUUCAGUAUUUCUUUUGUGUGUCUGCCAUGAUUUGUAGAUUAAUUGUUGCAGAGAAUCAUCUUAUGAAUGCACUUCAAAGAGAACACAACGGAAUAAUGUUGCAGUAUUCACAUGAAUCCACAGAAUUUUAUGACUUUUAAAGGCAUGGAGGUAGAUCUAUAGAAACCAAACAAAAGAGGUUUCUUGUUAAUUUGCAGAGAGGGGGAAGCCAAUUCCAUGGCGCUGGCUAGGAAACACAACAAACAACAUACUGCAAAUUACACCAAUUCCGACUGGCAAACUUGUGAGGAUCUCAUGCGUCUCAUCUAAUGGCGUUGGGAAGAAGCAACUUACCACAUUGUUAUCAAAGAGUGCAACAGCUACAAAUGCCAGUGUUGACAUGAAGGCAUGCAUGAAAUCUACGAAUUGCAGCCGGUAUUUUGCAGCAAGAUCAGGUGAGAGGUCGGCUGGCCCAUCAAUGACCCACAGGCCCCGGAAUGUUGCAAACCCAUAACAAACAUUUCCCUUCUUGUCCCUGAAGCUGUCAGUGAAGCUUAGAAGGAAACAUGACACCCCACAGAGGGUUACAAGCACAGCAGUCAUGAACCGGUUGACUGAGUCACAGUUACCUUGAUUUGUUAAAAUGGGUGAUAGAAGUUGAAAAGCAAGGACUGAUCCAGUAGGUAAAUGAUUGGCCAAAUGAGCUGUGCUCUUAAAUGUCUGGCUAAUGGCUUUCUGUAUCAGUGUUUUCUCUUCUGUUUCAGUUGUAUCUCGCAAGAGGGGAUGUUUUGAUUCAUCAUGAUGCUGGGAAUUAGAUUCUACCUUAAUCUC